GCUUAAAUCUCUCGAGCACCAGUCACAAAACCAGUUUUCAUUUUCACUUUCAAAACCCUCUUUUAAACAUGGAUAAUCCGACCGAAUCCGAACUCUCUAACCCAGCUUCACCUUCUCCAGCUCCUCCGGCUCUGGCUCCACCUCCUUGUACUACUCCUGAUUUGGCUCCACAUCCAGUUACAUCUCAAGUAAUAGCUCCAAAUCAGGCGCCAGUUCCUGACCCGACCCCAAGUCAGGCGCCAGUUCCUGACCCGACCCCAAGCCCGGCGCCAGUUCAUGAACCGACCCCAAGCCCAGCGCCAGUUCCUGACCCGACCCCAAAUCCAGCUCCAGCUCCUGAUUCCACUCUAUCUCCGUCUCCGGCUGCCUCUACCACUACCCUUACGUCUCGGGUUUCUGAAAAUAUCUCUUUCUCAAAGAAAUUAGUGAAAAAAGGCCUUCCGGACAACCUGAUGUACAAGAAUCGUCUGCAAGAAUACACACAAAAAUCAUCUUUACAGCUCCCUGUAUAUCAAACUUUAAAUGAAGGACCUGCUCAUAUGCCAAGGUUUAGAUCGACUGUGUGGGUAGAUGGAGCACGGUAUAGAUCCCAAAAAACUUUCUUGCAUCGAAAAGCAGCUGAACAAGAUGUUGCGAACCUUGCACUUGAGAGUAUCCUAAAAAGAGUAAAGGAUGAAGGAUGUCCACUUCUACUUGGGGACACGGUGUUUUGCAAAUCCAUUCUGAAUGAAUUUGCAGUGAAGGUGAAUCGUGAAAAACCUACUUACAACACUGUUCAGUCGCCUGGGCUGCUGCCUGUUUUCAUAUCUACUUUGGUUUUUGAUGGUGUAAGUUAUACUGGUGAUGCUGGCAGAAACAAGAAAGAGGCUGAGCAAUUGGCAGCACGUGCUGUGAUCCUUUCUCUUAUAGGUAAUUCUGGGUCAUCAAAAAUUCUUUAUGAAAUAAUCAAGUCUAAAAGCAAACUCUAUGCUGCAUUGGAUAGGGUCAAGGACCCAAGCCAUUCCCAACCCAACAUUGUACCUGUGGCAGUAAAAGUUGGACAUUGCUCUGAAACCACAGUCGAUCAAGAGCAAGAGGUAAGCACUGCUGUUGUUAGGGAUGCUGCACCAGUGAGUGCAAACAUUGUACCUGUGGCAGUAAAAGUUGGACAUUGCUCUGAAACCACAGUCGAUCAAGAGCAAGAGGUAAGCACUGCUGUUGUUAGGGAUGCUGUACCAGUGAGUGCAAUUCCACCUGCAGCUUCAGGAAUGCAUCCUUCCCACCAUGACUCCAAGAGACCAAGACCAGAUCUGCACCCUGUUUCAGAACAGCCUCUGGUUGUUGACUUUGGUUCUAGUUCAGCUAAAAAGAGGAGGAAGAACAAGAAAAAGGAUAACAAAGAAACUGAUACCCAGUUUCCUACUGAUGCAAUUCCUCUGAAUCAAGCAUCACCUUGUUCUGUAGCCCAAUGAAUAGCCUGACCUGUGUUUUUCUGCUCCUGCCUGCAGUUAAUGACUCUUUAUGGGUAUGCAUAUUUAUUAGGAGUAUAUACUAAAACUCGUCAUUUGUUGUAAAAUAGGAUUAGACAUGAGACACUAAUGGUAGGAACUAUGGUAAUUGUUCUGUAGAAAUAGUUUGUUUUUGUUUAUGAUUAUUGGUCUUCUAUGCUUCCUUUUUACUGAUAUGAUAGCUAACAACAAUAAAUGAGUGUAUACCCUAAGCUGCUUCUUGCAUUAUAUGACCAUUGACAGUUUGGUUACGACUGGUUUUCCUUGAAACAGCGUCCAUGACAUGUAUUCUGCUCCAACUUUUCAUGACAUUUAUGGGGCAAGAGAGAUUAUCCCUGUGCAGAAAGCCCAGGCUGUUAUUGAGGAUUUAGUUCCAUAAAUUGAAGAGUCAUGUGAAGGUCCAUUUGUAUGUUUUGGCUAGUUGAGAAUUACCCCCUCAAAUGUUAGAGACUUAAAUUGGGCCAGCAUUUUCUUCCAUAUUUUUGUUGGUGGAUUUCUCUAGCUACUUAGUUUUGUUGUUUGUGAGAUAGGUUUUCAUGAAAAACGAGAUUAUUUUUGUAAAUUGAAUUAUUUUUUUAUUA